AUGUGGGCACUGACAGCCCUUCUGCUCCUCGUCCCAAGCGGCGGGCGAGCUGCUACUCUGGAGAAGCCCACAUUGUCUCUACACCCGCCCUGGACCACCAUCUUCAAGGGGGAGCGCGUGACCUUGCGCUGUGAUGGGUACCACCCUCCGCUUCUGGAGCUCCGGCCCAUCAGCACCCUCUGGUACUCGGGCCACCUCCUUCUGCCCUCCCACAAGAAGAGCAUCGAGGUACAGACACCAGGGGUGUAUCGAUGCCAGACUCGGGGAGCACCUGUCAGUGACCCCAUCCACCUCUCUGUUUCCAACGACUGGCUGAUCCUGCAAGUGCCCUAUGCGGCGGUGUUCGAGGGCGAGCCGCUGGUCAUGCGCUGCCGCGGCUGGUACGACAAGAUGGUCUACAAGCUUCACUACUACCACGACGGCAAGGCGGUGCGCUACUUCCACUCCAGCGCCAACUACACGGUGCCGCAGGCGCGCGCCAGCGACAGCGGCCGCUACCAGUGCUCGGGCACCAUGCGCAUCCCGGUGGAGAGCGCGCCCAUGUUCUCCGCCAAGGCGGCCGUGACCGUGCAAGAGCUGUUCCCGGCGCCGGUGCUGAGGGUGACGGGCCGGGCGGAGGCCCGCGGCGGGGUGGCCGUGCGCUGCGACACCCGCCUGCACCCGCAGAAGCGCGACACGCCGCUGCAGUUCGCCUUCUACAAGUACAGUCGCCCCGUGCGCCGCUUCGACUGGGGCGCGGAGUACACGGUCCCCGAGUCCGAGGUCGAGGACCUCGAGUCGUACUGGUGCGAGGCCGCUACCGCCACGCGGAGCGUCCGGAAACGCAGCCCUUGGCUGCAGCUUGCCGGGCGCGGUUCUCCGCUGGACUUGGCGUCCACCUCCGCCGCAGUCCCCCAGGCUGCCACGCUGGCGCCGGGUAACCAGCCGCUUUCCUUCAGAAAGCCCCCGGUGUCCAGAUCGGCCUCGACGGCCACCUCCGUCCAGAACACCACCUCAUCGGGGCUGCAGUUCCCCGCGGGCAGAGCCCCCACAGCUGGGCCGCCCGCCUGCGCCCCGCCAACGCCCUUGGAACCGUCCGCUGGAGCCCUGAAACCCGACGUGGACCUUCUGCUCCAAGAAAUGCAGCUGCUCAAGGGCCUUCUGAACCGGGUGGUCCUGGAAUUAAAGGAGCCCCAGGCCUUCCCAGAGCACAGGGGAACGCUGGAGACCCCCACCUCCCACUUUGCCGUGAGCGGGAGAACCCCGGAGACCACUAUUGUGGAGAGCUGAGGGGGCGGGGGCGCUCCUGUCCCCUCCUCCGGGGUCCUGCCUCUCCUCUCCUCUGCUUCCCACCUGCAGAGACCCCGCGAAGCCAUCUCUGCUCGCGCUUUGUUUGGCGGUGAUGGUAAAGGAGCAUCAUAAAGUGUGGUGGCUGACGAUCUGGGGUCGCAUCUUCUUGAGCAUCUGCAAGCAUGCGGCCGGUCCUCAGGUCUCUUCCUCCACUCGCAGGACUCCC